AUGCAAAUGCACUUGCGGCGGUCGGGUGUUGUUGUUGUUGCGUGCUGUGUCAGGGUCAGGGUGGUCAGUGUCAAGUGUCCAGCGUCGGGCGGGCAGGCAAUCAGUGCGGUGAAUCGAUGUCACUCCCCAACCAACCUAAACACCAAGGACUGGACCACCACGCCCCGUUCCUUGGUUGGAGCCACUGCAGUUGGAAGCGGGAACUACACUAAUAACAUGGAAAAUGAGCAAAUGGAGCUGGAAUACCAUAUGGUCCAAUGGAUGCUCUCCAUUGCUUCUCUUUUGCUCCACCUUUUCCAUGCUCACGGCAGGCAAAGAAGCAACAGCGAAGCUUCCAAGUUGCCAUAUGAAAGAAUGAAGCUUCAACUACUGAAAGAAGCUUGGGCCAGCUUGACUUCUUCAACGUCGACGCCUCCAGGCCGAAUCACCCCUAGCUGCCAAGACCCGAAUCCAUCGGCCGAGAGCAACGUCGGCGGGCUGGCCUGUGCGGCCGAAUGGAGCUCCCCAGACUAUCGGCUGCUCGGUCACAAAAUUUUCCAGACAAGCAUUGAGGUCCCCGCGCGUUCCCUCCCGCCGCCGCUCCGUUCAACGGGCAAAAAUAGCAUGGUCGUCCUGGCUUUCUGCACGGAGUCGGGCUCCUCACCACACCUCAUCGCCAUGGAUUCCGACCUGAAGCUGCAGAGGAUGACUCCUUUUAUUCCCAGCUCCAGCCAGCCCGGUGGAGACAAGGCCAAUCACAUCAUCGCUUCGAUGGAUAGCGUUUGCGUGUCAUCUUGA